AUGACAAAAAAGAAAAAGUCACAUAAUGCUGGUUAUCAAAGUGGGAAGAAGCAAAAACCCAAACAACAACAGCAACAACAUUCCUCCGAUGAAGAUGACUAUGAUCAUACUCAUCCUAUGAACGUGAUGGACAUGAUGAAUCAAUUCUACUCUAACAUCCCAGCCACCGUCUAUAGUAAUGGUCAAAAGAUUGAACAUGCCGAUAGUAGGAAUGCCUUUUCAUCGUUUAUGAGCAAUUUACCAUCGGAUAGUCAACAAUCAAUGAAGGAAUUAAUGGCUAGAAAUUUACAUUGUGAUGAGGAUCAAGUAGAGGAAAUUUAUGGUAACAAGAAGAAGAAUAAUAACAAUCAAAAGGCUUCAGCAUCAGAAAAAGCAAAAUCUAAUUCUACACCAACUAGUGUUGCUACUUCUUCUUCUGCUACUCAACAAUCAAAGAAGCCUCCUGUAAAUAUAUUCAAUAUGGAGCCUUUAGGAGAAACCCUGAAGGAGCUUAGGUUUGCCACGAGUGCUGAGUUUGAUGAGCAUUCGAGAAAGUUUGUGGAAUUUCAUUCCAAGUGUGCUAAGGCAUUAAAGGAGGAGUAUGGAAUGCACACUGAUCGUAUGGUUGGUAUUCCUAUUGCUACUUUUGAUUCGGAAUUAUUGGAAAUUGCUAUAGAACAAGCAGCUCUUACCAGAGAAACUCAAGCUAAUUCGAAUAAGAAGGAAGACAAGGAACAUGUUAUGCCGCUAGAGCCAUUCUUGGAUAAGACAUCAUUACCUGAUUGGCAUGUAUUCAAAAUUAAUGGAAAGGGAAGUGUUAUUGCAGGUCAAUUGGCAGCAACUCUUUGUAAAUUGUUCAGAUUACCACUUGGAUCUAUUAGAAUUAUUUAUACUAAAUAUUACAACUGGAAACGUGAAUAUAAGGAAGCAGGCGAAUUUGAACCAAGAGGAGAAUAUAUAAUUGCUGUCCUAUUCCAAUACAAAGAAAGGUCUGCUGAGGAUAUUAUUAAAUCCAAAUUAGAUUGGCGUGAAAAGAGUAAGAGAGUUUUCAAGCUCGAACUCGACACUUCCAAACCACUUACUGAGGAAGAAAACCUGAAUUGGCUUAAAUAUUUCCAUGACAGAAUGAUUACUCAAAAAUUGCACAAUGAUUGUUGUGAUGAUGAAGUAUUUGAUGGUAGUGUUGAAGUAAUAUGGAACUGCCUGCAGCACAUGAUGAGACAAUUGUAUGACCCUUCCAUAUCAAAAGAAUACUUACACAAUUUCGUUGCUCAAAAUGUAUUCCUUUCCAUUCGUCCAAACUAUAGAGAUCACAAAUUCUUGUGUGGAUUUAAAUCAUACACUAGAUUCUACUCUCUUCAUUCAUAUGGUUGUGUGGAUUUCAAGUAUGCAUUCUUCCAUACAACAAAAUACUAUUCCCACGUAUUUUACACAACUCUACUUUAUAGAAUUGUUGAUUUGGCAGAUAAGGAAAGCAGAGAGGAUCAAUCGUCUGGAUGGAAACCUGUAUGGGAUAACAAAUUAGCCAACGAUCCAAGAUUCCAAGAAGAAGAUUGGAUUACUAUUGAAAAGAGGCAAGUGAACAUUACUCUUCCAGAAAUUAAGGAAAUUAGAGAAACUUUAAUUGGAAAAGAAGGAAAAUUGAAUUGCAUUCCUAUUAGCAAAUUCCUGUACACUAUAUCGAACGGAACUGGUGCUGGUAGUGGUGAAACUACGCUUGUUGAUGAUGAUAAAUGGAUCGAAGUUAGACUAAGAAAGAUUUGUAAUGAACUAAAACCAGAAGAUGCCGAAUUCAAGGAACAUGAUUUCAAUAAGGAUAUUCAAAAACAAUUGGAAGAAAUGAAAAAGAAAAAACCAAGCAAGAAGAAUAGAAAUCCAAUGCAAAGCGACGCCAGCUAUCCCAACGAUGAAGAAUCUGGUAACAUGUAUAGAAUGUUAAAGAAUGGAAGAGGUGGUGGCGAUGGUGGAUUUGGAGGACCUCCAGGUUGUGGCCAAAUGUAAAUAAAUCUCUAAUUCUUGAUUGU